CUUUCCUCAUUUUUAUCAGUCUCGCAUGGAUUCGGUCUCGCAUAAGCGAUGAAGUUUUACUGCACAGAUUGCUUGCUCAAAUUUAACUGGAAUCAGGUAACGAGCGCUUUUUGGACACGAUAUCCAAACCCGUUCAGUCGACACGUGCUGUCUGAGGACAUCAUAAGCAGAUCAGUAGUAGGAAACAAGCUAGUGACUAAAAAACUAACUAGGAAGACAAACAGUCCACCCAGAUGGGCAGAGAGGUUUGUGAAUUCACGGGUAGCAUGUAUUGUGGAAGAAUCUAUUGUUGAUCCAGAGGCCAAAACCCUCACGACGUAUACAAGAAAUAUCACAUUUACAAGACUUAUGGUAGUAGAAGAAAAAUGUGUUUAUUCAGUACAUCCCAGCAACAAAGAAUGGACCAUGUGCAAGAAAGAAUCUUGGAUAUCCAGUGGCAUUUUUGGCUUUGCAAGACCAGUUGAACGAUUUGGAGUUGAAAGAUAUAAAUCAAAUUCAUCCAAGGCUGUAAAAGGUCUGAAUCAUGUGCUGGAGAAGCUAUAUAUUCUUGAAAGACCUUCAAGGACACUUCCAAUCCCUGUGCCGCAGAUGAGUUGAUUUGUCAAGUUGCCUUUCCUUCAAAUUAUGCUAAUUUGGGUCCAAAAUGUACUGGUCAACAGAAUUUUUAUGCAGUUUGAACUUGUCACAUGGAUGCAGCUGCCUGAUUUCUUUACUGAUACAGUGCAUACAUGAACAUCACCAACAAUGGUCAUGAAUUUUUACUUUUUGCAGCAUUGAGAGUUUUAGACUGUUUUUGGCUUGUUUUGGUGAAGAUCAGGUGAUGAAAAAACAUUCAAAUUAAAAAAAGAAGACAAAAAGACAACAGAGAUAACAAGUUGCUGCAAAAGUUUUGAAAGCAAUUGCCUCCACAGUCAUUUGUGAAUCUUGGCUAAUUUCUAUUCAUGUAUGAAGGGAUUGCUAUCAUAGAGGAAAGUAAAAUGGUGGCUAGGAAAUAUGUUGACUCUCAUCUCUUUUAAACUGCAAUCAUUCACUCUCCAUACCAAGUAGAAAAACAAUUUGACAACAAAAGUUUUAAAUCCGGGUACUACUUUUACAUGUAUGAAUUUAGAUUGCCAUAUGGUGACUUUAAAAAAUAGUGAACUUUAAGCCCUGAAUCUGUAUCAAACAUUUUUACGUACACUUGAAUAGAUAUUUUCUUUGUUGGGAAUAGUUCACAGACUUCAUAGGGAAAACCAGUUUACAUAUUGUAUUAAACUGUGGGGCAUUUAUAAAAUUUAAAUUCCAAUGUAGAAGAGCUUCAAGGAAGGCAAUGAUUUUCAUAUCAGUUGGAAACUUUGUUUAAAAUAUUUUCAUUUUUCAUUUAAGUCUCUGUUAUAAUUUAAGUGCAAAAGCAGUUACAUUCUCAGUUGUAAUGUAUUAUGUUAGAAAACUUGUUUUUGAUCAAUCUGUAAUUUGUUAAUUUAUGAGUUCAAAGUUGGCAGGUAGUGAAAGUGUCUGUAAAUAUUUGACCCUUGAAAUGUUUAAUAAAUAGUUUAUGACAAUUUAAAUGACAAUUCUUUCAUGGUAAUUAUCAGAAUAGUUAUUUUCGGACUCUGGCCAAGGAUAUUAACAGCUAAAAUGAGUAUUUUGGUUAGUACUUUGGUGUUUUCUUAAAGUUAAGUAGCAGCACUUCAAAAAUUGUAUUAGUUUGAGAAUUUUGAAAUAAAAUCUGAUGAAGGAGAA